AUGAGCGAUCCUUAUUCUGAAGACCGGGUUGCAAGAUUUAUUGAAUCUUUACCCGAUGAAACUUUGUGCCCUCCAUGGGCUGAUCAACAGGUGGACCUAAAUCGCGUCCAACCGAAAGAGCAAGGCGACCACACAUCGGGAGCGCAAUUACCAGAGAAGCAGUGCGAUGAAACCGAGACAUACUUUGAUCAAGCGGUUGAGGGACGAGAAACCAUAACCACAACGGUCAGUUCAGAGAGCCUUUGUUCACUCUUGAAGGCCAUGGGAAAGCAUGAAUGGACAGCCCAUGGCAACAAAUGGGAAGAAGGGUUCAUAGGAGAAGACGAAGACCAAGCAAUAUGGUUACGCGUACACAAAAAAAAGGUGAAGAAUGAGCGAUGUCAAAGGCUCCUAAUGUUCAUACACAACCUAUGGCUCCUCUACCAAAAGGCUCCUUCGGUCCAUGGUAUGGACCAACAGACGUCUGGUGUUCAUAAGAAGUAUGCCGAGAGGUUUGGCGAUUUGAUGCAUUAUAUCCCAUCUACGGUCGAUAAAGUAUGCAACAAGGCACAUGACGACCUGUCGAAGAUGCCAGACGAAAGGAAGCACGCUGCCAAUACUGCAGAAAUCUUGCGGAGUCAAAUCAUUCCUCUGCUCCUGUUGGUAGCAAAGUCAGUCUUUAUGACGGGGAGCCAAGAGAAAACGGGUGGCAGUUCUCAAGCCCUGCCUUCAAGGGGAACCUUUACUAUUUCUGCAAUUUGGGUACUGCGUCAGAUUAUGGAUUGGGUAAAAAGACUGCGCCUUGCGAUGAUUGAUGAGCUGGAAGUCAAUCCACCCUUUUGUGAGAACGCGGAUACUGCAACGAGACGUAGAGAAUCUCAAGAAAUAUCCAAAGAACUCCGCCAGCUCAAAUUACCAAACCGGCACAUCAAGAAAUUUGCAACCAGUCUUACAAAAGCAUACGAGGAGUUGGAGGAAGAGGCUAAUAGGCCAAAGAGAAAGAGGGAGGCUAUGGAAGAAGAUAGACGGAUACGGCAGAAGCGAGAAGACAAAAAGAGAAUGGAGGAGGAGGCGGUCGAGCGGCGCAUGGCACUAUUUCGAUCAUCUGUUCAAGCGUUCCAGGCUCGAACAUCGACCCAGAAUUCCCACAGCCAGGAAGCAGAAGGUCACGAACAGACACACAAGGAUGCAGACGAAGACCAAUUUACUCAGAUGCCAACUUCACAGGGACUGGCUGAAGUUGAUCCAGCCUCUAAUGCCCACGGAGAUCGGAAACGCAGCCAGAAACAGAACCGUUGGGUGAAGGAGGAGCGGUCGGCCAGUAGUCAGCCAAGCCAGAGUCUACCGCAGGGCGAAGCUCGCCAAAAAGUCUCUUGGUCCUAUGAAGAGAGCAAUAUUCUCCUUACACUGAUUCGCACGACGUCACAGCUAAGCCCGGUGGAUUUAACAGAACAACUACCGGGACGAAACGAGCAAGAGAUAAGACAGAAGAUAGGCGAGCUCAAGGAAACGUCGCGCAAAUUCUAUAAGGAGCGUGGGUUGAUACUUCCGAAGUGGUGUUGA